AAUUGGGCGACAGUGGAGGCAAGCAGUUGGUGAAUCUGGUAGACUGCCGGCUUUAUGGCUUCCUAAAUGUGUGCACGGUGGCGAAAUGGACCAAUUAUUGCUCCUGGUUUCAUGAAGAGGAACUUGGGACAACCAUGAAAAACCAGGAGGAACCUGCAGUGGAGGAAACAUUUUGUCAGUUUUUUGGGUUUCUGUGACAGAUUUUUAAUCACAAUUAUUUUUCUACAUAAUAUAUAUUUUCUACAUAAGUUUGUCUUGGGUGACUUUAAAGUCUUCGUGGCUGUCUGUAGUGUUUCCCAGAGGAAGAUGAAAGGCUGAAGUGAAAAUCAGGGUGAAGAUGCCGGCAGCACGAUGGAUUUAUCCAGACAUGACGGAAAACAUUCUGUGUCAAAAGACCACUGCUACAUGCACUGCAGUUUUCUGUCUUUAGCCAACAUGAGGAAACCGUUUCCUACAAACUCUUUAUCGUCCUCCUGAACUCUCAGAGCCUGCGAGGAGCUUGAUGUUGGGACUACAGGGAAGCAGGAUGGAGGGCAGUGCACUGGGAAUGAGAAACCUCUUGAGGAUUCUGGGAUUUAUCUGCUUGUGGAUUACAGCUCAGGCUCAGAUGAAGAUCCCACCAGAGACGGUACAACAGUGGGCAUCGGUGUUCUCUGUUCAGCUUCGAGAGCUCACAACCAAAUACUCCGGCUCUCUGCUCCUACAAAAGAAACUGAAGGAUGUGGAGUCCAUCAUUAAGAUUGUGGAGCUAAACGGAGACGACUUGGUGAAGGACUACUCUGAUGAAAUUGAACGGAUGUUAGGAAGUAAGAUGAAGUCAGUAAAGAGGUUGGCAGAGUCAGCAGAAGAUGCAGACUUGUACCAUGAAUACAACGCUUCAUUAGAGUUUGAUUACUACAACUCCAUGCUGAUCAACACCAUGGAUGAGGAUGGGAACUAUGUAGAACUGGGGGGAGAAUUUCCCCUGGAGGAGAAUGAGCAUUUCAACAACCUGCUGGUGAACACACAGCAGAGUAAUAUCCAGGUUCCCACCAACGUCUAUAACAAAGAUCCCAACAUCCUCAAUGCCAUCUACAACUCAGAGGCAUUAAACGACGUCUUCAUCAGUAACUUUCAGAAGGAUCCCACCCUCACCUGGCAGUACUUUGGCAGCACCACUGGCUUCUUCAGGAUCUACCCUGGUAUUAAAUGGACUCCAGAUGCUAAUGGUGUGGCAGCCUUUGACUGCAGGAACAGAAACUGGUACAUUCAGGCUGCCACGUCCCCCAAAGACAUCAUAAUCAUGGUUGACAUCAGCGGCAGUAUGAAGGGUCUGAAGAUGACCAUCGCCAAACACACUAUCAACACUAUCCUAGACACACUGGGAGAGAACGACUUUGUCAACGUCAUCGCUUACACUGACUAUGUUCGCUACGUGGAGCCGUGCUUCAGAGGAACCCUGGUCCAGGCUGACUUGGACAACAGGGAGCACUUUAAGCUGCUGGUGGAGGAACUUCACGUUAAAGGAGAAGCCAAGAUCAAGAACGCCAUGAAGGAGUCUUUCAAAAUCCUGAACGAGGCACGGGCAAAUGGUCAGGGCAGCAUGUGUAAUCAGGCCAUCAUGCUGAUCACUGAUGGGGCCAUGGAGGACUUUGAGUCUGUGUUUGAGGAGUUCAACUGGCCUGACCGCAGGGUGAGAGUGUUCACCUACCUGAUUGGCAGAGAGAUGACCUUUGCUCAGAACACCAAGUGGAUCGCCUGCAACAACAAAGGUUAUUACACACAUAUCUCCACUCUGGCCGACGUGCAAGAGAAUGUCAUGGAGUACCUGCACGUGCUCAGCCGGCCGAUGGUCAUCAACCACGACCAUGACAUCAUCUGGACGGAAGCCUACAUGGACACCGUGCUUCCCAACACAAAGGAGCUCUUCACUACCAAGGCUCAGAGUCUGCUCUUGAUGACUUCGGUGGCCAUGCCGGUCUUCAGCAAGAAGACGGAGACGCUGUCCCACGGGAUCCUGCUCGGUGUUGUUGGCUCUGACAUCCCACUGAUGGAGGUGAUGAAGCUGGCUCCUAGAUACAUGCUGGGAGCUCACGGCUACGCCUUCCUCAUCACCAACAACGGUUACAUCCUGGCUCACCCUGACCUUCGACCUCUGUACAAAGAUGGAAAGAAACUGAAGCCGAAGCCAAACUACAACAGUGUGGAUCUGUCAGAGGUGGAAUGGGAGGACAGAGAUGAGAUGCUGCGGACGGCCAUGGUGAAAGGAGAGACGGGCAGCAUCAGCCUGAGCAUCAGAGCUUCUGUGGAUAAGGGGAAAAGGCCGAUGUACCUCGUCAACAAUUAUUUCUACACAAACAUCGAUGAGACACCUUUCAGCUUCGGGAUGGCGCUGACAAAAGGUCACGGGAGCCUGAUGAUUAUGGGAAAUGUAUCUGUGGAAGAAGGGCUGCACGAUCUGACCUCCCCAGACCUGAGCAUUGCUUCUGAGUGGACAUACUGUGAGACAGACAUCGACCCUGCUCACCGAAAAUAUUCCCAGCUUCAGGCCGCCAUCCGCUACCUUCUGGGCAAGGAGCCCGACCUCGAGUGUGACGAGGUGUUGCUGCAGCAGACGCUGUUUGACGCCGUGGUGACUGCUCCACUGGAGGCCUACUGGAACGCCCUGAUGCUCAACGACAGGGUGGAGCCAGGGGUGGAGACAGCCUUCCUUGGCACCCGCGCUGGCCUGAUGAGGACCAUGAGAUAUGCAGGAGUGGAGACCAGGGUGGCAAAGAGGUUCCUGACUCCAUCUGAUAAAGACAACCUGUUCACCAUUGAUCACUUCCCUCUGUGGUACCGCCUGGCUGUGGAAUACACACCUGGACGCUUCUUCUACUAUCCUGUCAAUGACAAAGGAGUGAAGUACAUCAUAGCAACGACAUCGGUUACAGUGUCGUCGGAGGGAAAGACGGCCAUGGCUGGAGCCAUCGGGUUGCAGAUGUCCUUGGAUUUGCUGGAAAAAAGGUUUUGGGCCAUCGCCAAGCAGCCCAGUGACACAGAUUGUUCGAACAUUGAAGGCGUGUGUCCUCUCAGCUGUGAGAGUGCUGAUUUGAACUGCUUUCUUGUUGACAACAACGGCUUCAUCCUGCUGUCCAAAGAGAGGAACGAGGUUGGGCGUUUCUUUGGCGAGGUCGAUGGGUCUGUCAUGGCAUCGCUGAUCAAGAUGGGAAUGUUCAAAAAGGUGUCGUUGUUUGACUACCAGGCAAUGUGUAAGAACAGCCACCAUCACGCCAGCAGCGCUCGACCUCUGCUCAGUCCGUUCUUCAACAUCAUGGCUUUGCUCAAAUGGGUCUUCUCCAACGCACUCAUGUUCCUCCUGGACUUUAACCUCUGUGGUCUCUGGCACUCUGAUUAUUUUGUGGACGCCAAAGCUGGCUACCACACAAGUCAUAAGCAGAAGAAAGUGGAGCUGCUGCAGCCCUGCGACACAGCGUAUCCCGGCUUCAUGUACGACCCGUCUGUGAGAGAGGCCAACAGUCUCAUUAAGUGUGGACGCUGCCAGAAGAUGUUUGUGGUGCAGCAGAUUCCCGACAGUAACUUGGUGAUGGUUGUGACCCAGGCCGACUGUGACUGCUCUCGUCAGUAUGGACCCAUCCUACUGGAGCCCAAAGAGAUUAAAUAUAACGCCACAGUGAAGUGCAACAGGAUGAAAUCUCAGAAGGUGCGACGACGUCCAGAGUCCUGCCACUCCUACCACCCAAAGGAGGACGCUAAGGACUGUGGUGGGGCGUCGGCCAUCUCCCUGUCACACUCUCUUUUCUCUGUCUCACUGCUGGUUGCAUUGGUCCUCCACCACUGGAUAUAAGCCAAGAAAAAUCCACGUACGUGGAUGAAAGCAGCACCAGGACGUUGAAGGAGACUUAAAAGAAAAUACUGAGUCGGUAGCCAAAGGAUCUUUUUUGUUUUACUUGAACAUAAGUGACAGUGGAACGAGUUUGGAGAACGUGGUUUAUCUCAGAUUUUUAUUUCCUGCUGUUCAGAUGAGCUUGGUUUCACUGAGCAGCAAAGAUAAAGGGCUAUUUGUUGUUGUUGUUGUUCGUUUUAAAACUGAGUAUUGACAAGUAAGUAAAACUGACUCUGGAUCAAAGCUGUCAAGUGGCUCGUCAGCUGUGGGAGAAACAAGAGGCCGUCAUUCAGAAAAAUGCCGAACAGACUCUUGAGGGCACGUUGGCGCCCCCCGUUGGACAGGUAUAAGCAGCGCAGCUUGUGUGAGGAGACAACGUUGCCAUUACACUCAAACAGGAAUGUAGCACAUUUGUAGAAUUUUGAUACUGAAAUAAAGUCUUUAAGUAGAGCUGUA